GGAUCUUGCUAUGUUGCUCAGACUGGUCUCGAACUCCUGGGCUCAAGCGAUCCUCCUACCUCGGCCUCCCAGCCUCAAAGUGCAGCUUUUAGUUCUAAUUAUAUUGACUAGAGGUCUAGAUCUAGAUCUAGACCUGGCGGGUCUAGAUCUGGACGUAUUAGGAUCUAGAGCUGGCAGGAAGUGAUAAUUCAAAGAUAAAAAGGGUACCUUUUAGGAUGGACAUUGAGAUUAAGGUUUGGAAAAUGCAACCUUCACUGCAAAGUAAGAGGGCCAGUUUUGGUUGUGGAAAGAGUGGAAGUCUGGCGCUUUUUUUUUUUUUUUCAAAGAGAUGGGGUGUGGGACGUUAUCUCAUUGUAUUGCCCAAGCUGGUUUCGAACUCCUGGCCUCAAGCGAUCCUCUUGCCCUGGCCUUCCAAAGUGCUGGGACUACCGGUAGGAGCCACAGCGCCCAGCCGGAAGUGUGGCUUUCAUAGAUACAGGAAGUGUGGCAUUCAGGGAUCCGCCUUGGGGUUUAUUUUUGAUUGAUGCGAGGGGCGUGGCUUGUCGAUAACGCGAUACCAGCUUGUGAAUGAACACUGGGGUACUCGGAAGUGUGGCGUACUCCAGUCCUGUGUUUACCGAUAGACCGGAAGUGUGGCUUCGUUUACAGUUCGGCACGUAGGACGGAGGGUAGUUCGUCUAGAGACACAUAUUCCCAACGGAUUUGACGAUGGUGUUCGGUCUUGAAUGGAAAUGUAGUCUUAGGCCAGUCUUAGGUUUUUGAACAGGAUAGUAGGUAUCCGGAGUCGAUUGAGGGCCAGAGCAGGCACUGGGGUUCGGAUCCUGGGCAAAGUUUCCCACGUUGAGGGUCUCGAGGACGCCUAGAUCUCUUUCCCAGGGCCAUGGCGAACCCGAAGCUGCUGGGACUGGGGCUAAGCGAGGCGGAGGCGAUCGGUGCUGAUUCGGCGCGAUUUGAGGAGCUGCUGCUGCAGGCCUCGAAGGAGCUCCAGCAAGCCCAGACAACCAGAUCAGAAUCGACACAAAUCCAGCCUCAGCCUGGUUUCUGCAUAAAGACCAACUCCUCGGAAGGGAAGGUUUUCAUCAACAUCUGCCACUCCCCCUCUAUCCCUCCUCCCGCCGACGUGACCGAGGAGGAGCUGCUUCAGAUGCUAGAGGAGGACCAAGCUGGGUUUCGCAUCCCCAUGAGUCUGGGAGAGCCUCAUGCAGAACUGGAUGCAAAAGGCCAGGGAUGUACCGCCUACGACGUAGCUGUCAACAGCGACUUCUACCGGAGGAUGCAGAACAGCGAUUUCUUGCGGGAGCUCGUGAUCACCAUCGCCAGGGAGGGCCUUGAGGACAAAUACAACUUGCAGCUGAAUCCGGAAUGGCGCAUGAUGAAGAACCGGCCAUUCAUGGGCUCCAUCUCGCAGCAGAACAUCCGCUCGGAGCAGCGUCCUCGGAUCCAGGAGCUGGGGGACCUGUACACGCCCGCCCCCGAGAGAGCUGAGUCAGGCCCUGAAAAGCCUCACCUGAACCUGUGGCUGGAAGCCCCCGACCUCCUCUUGGCCGAAAUUGACCUCCCCAAACUGGAUGGAGCCCUGGGGCUGUCGCUGGAGAUCGGGGAGAACCGCCUGGUGAUGGGGGGCCCCCAGCAGCUGUAUCAUCUAGACGCUUAUAUCCCGCUGCAGAUCAACUCUCAUGAGAGCAAGGCAGCCUUCCACCGGAAGAGAAAGCAAUUAAUGGUGGCCAUGCCGCUUCUGCCGGUGCCUUCUUGAUCAGGGUGUCUCCUUAUGCUUCUGAGAUGUGGAGAAGAGGCUGCUGGCUUCCCUAAAGUUGAAAUAAAAGAUUUUUGCCUUU